AUGAUAUUCUUGCUUGUUGCAGUCCACACUGCUGAUGGAAGGGCUUUACAAUACUUUGACAAGCCACGACCUCAUGUGGGCAACUGCCCACCAGGAGCACCUCCACCGCCCUGGCAUUCUCUGUCUGCCCGACCACCUCCUACAUCGCACCUGCUGCCCUCAACUUCUCCACCACUGCUGCUGAUGUCUUCACAACUGUCCCCUCCUAUGUUGGUGCCCCCUUCAGCUGUCGGGAGCCAAGGGAGGAGCCCUACUCCUGUGCUGUCACAGCAGAUGCCUCUGCCGCUGCCACCUCCAUCGCAGCCGGCACUGCCUGCUCAGUCUCCUAUGCAGCGGCCUCCAUUACCAUGGUUGGAUUCAGAUGUCAAAAUGGAAGACACGACAGUGUCACCUGUCCCACCACAUGCUCAGGGGUCAGAUGCUGCACCUGUCCACACUCGUGCCACUUCCGACCCUACGCACCGGUAG